AUGCAUAUCAAAGGACCUUCCUGGCUAGGAUUAAGACGAGGAGUGGGAAGACCAGUUGAAUUCCAUGAUGAACCAAAAGUGGCAACUCAAAAGCUGGGAAAGUCGAAGUCCGUGACAGCCAACAUUACGAGCCUUCAACAAGGAACAUGCCAGGGCGGCCAGCCUGCGAGUCUUGUCACGCUCGGUUUUGCAUUUGCAAAUCAUAUCACGAGUGUACGAUUUACCAAGAUCACGGUUAAGGUCGUUUUCGAAGCAGUAACGGUGCCGCGCGACGCAAGUACUUCUACCAGUACCACCACCCAAGGAUUGCUCGCUGCACAUCAACACCCUGAGGUGCAGCAUUUCUGUCCUGGAAUCCUCGAUACUAGUGCGACGACUGCGGAUAUCACCGAGGAGACAAGCAUCAACCAAUAUGUAAAGCGCACACAGUAUAAAAAAAAGCACUAUUCAACGAUAGAGGGGCAGAAAUGGAUGAACAAGCUGUCAAGCAGCCGGGACUUUGGCAUGGCGGAAGGCUAUAAUGAGGUCGAGUGGACGUUGCAGGAGAAUCACCUACAGCAGAAUGGUCUUCAGCCUCAAUUCAAGGUCGCCUGCCUAUUAAAGCAUGCCAGUGCCCGCUAUCCUUUCCGAGCGAAUAUCACAAUCAGCGCGGCCACGAACGCGACGCUGUAUAAAGGAGCAUCUGAGCAAGCGUAUUUGAGUGUGUUAUUUCGUAAUUCCGAGUCCGAUUCGCCGCAGGACCUGCGGAACUUUGACGAUAUGAGCGACAAGGAUUGGGAAGGCAUCGUUGAUUAUGACCAUAUAUAUGCUAGCUUUACGGCGAUGCAGCUAGUUGACUGA